UGGACGUAACGGUUCUUUUACUCAUUGACUUAACCUACAUUUAAUGUGUCACUAGUGUACAAAGAAAUAGCUUUAAUCUUAUCGUAGGAAUCAUUGCAUUGAUUGCUUUUUUCAUUAUCUCAUAAAAAUACAAACUGUAUGAUAUCAUCUAUAGUUCCUAUUAAUAUUCAUUAUACCUACCUCAAAGUUUUUCGUCAGAGAAUCGGUGAUUCGUAUCAAAAAUGGAAAACUUGAAACCAGAAAAAGUAUUAGAAUUCAUUGGUUUAGUGAAUAAUUUAAAACAUAGCAGUAGAAGGGGUUGGGAGCAGUGUGAUGUGAAAAAUCAUGAGCAAAUUGCUGGUCAUAUGUAUGGAAUGGCUAUGAUGACGUUUUUGCUAGGAAACAAUUCUACCUUAGACAGAUUAAAAUGUCUUCAAUUAGCUUUAGUUCAUGACUUGGCAGAAAGUAUAGUUGGAGACAUAACUCCUAGAGAUAACAUACCUGAAGAGGAGAAACAUAAAAUGGAAGAUGAGGCAAUGAAAACCAUAACUUCUUGUCUGGGGGAAGAAAUUGGUCCUUAUAUGUAUCAACUUUAUAAGGAAUAUGAAGCGAAAGAAACUCCUGAAGCACAAUUUGUCAAGGACUUGGAUCGCUUUGAUAUGCUUUUUUCAGCUACUUUCUACGAGCAAAGGGACAACACUCCAGGCAAACUACAAGAAUAUUUCACUUCGACUGAAGGAAAAUUUCAGAAUACUUACAUCAAUAAUUUGGUCGAAAUACUUAAAACAAAAAGAAAAUCAGAAUUGUCAAAUGGACAGAUUUGAAAAGUUAAUUCCUCUUUUAAAUUUUAAAGACUUGGUUCACCACAUUAAUUUAUUUUUAUUUUAUUGAGUGUUAAGCAGCUUUAUUAUUUUAUUUUGUUAUCACACUGUUGAAUAUAGGGGAAUUCUGUAUUCCUCCAAAUUAUUUGCACAUUGAUUGAAGCCUUUAAAUAAUAUUGUAGUUUUGUUUUCGUUUGUAAUGCAAAAUAAAUAAGGAAUGAAAUAAAUUUUCACUAUUAAAAA